AUGCCACUUUACAAGUACAUCGCGAGGAUCUCCGGCAAACCAUACGACAGCUUCGUGAUGCCCGUGCCAUCCUUCAACGUCAUCAACGGAGGUAGCCAUGCUGGAAAUCGUCUGGCGUGCCAGGAGUUUAUGAUUCUGCCCGUGGGCGCCUCCAGCUUCCGUGAAGCCAUGUGCAUCGGUGCCGAGGUCUACCACAACCUGAAGAGCGUCAUCAAGAAGAAGUAUGGCCAGGAUGCCUGCAACGUGGGCGACGAGGGUG